AUGGACAGAGGAAUUUUCAUAAGGAAUCCUUCUGCAGAUGACUUUGACAAGAGGUAUGGGUACAUCCAAAGGACUCCCAAAAUUCUCAACAAGGCAGGGAUGAAGUACAUCCUGCUGUCGUUGUGGAGGCAUCAUCCCUCCAAUGAGGCAAGGGCCUGUAGGGUGGCCAAUACAACUGCCUUCAAAUUCUUGAAACUGCAUGUGGGUGAUUACCCCAUGCUGCCUCCCCCUCCAUCGCAGUCAGGGCACUUCGUGCCUGAACCAGCUCCACCUGUGCCUCUGCAAGAGAUGCAGGUUUCUCUCUCUCAAUCUCAAUUAAUGGAUGGUAACUAUGGCCAUCUACCCACCACUGUGCGACCUCCCACCCCACUGCCUAUCCCCAAUGAGGACAAGGAUAUGAAGAGUGAUGGCGAGGUGACUACAGGGUCAGUCGACGAGGCUGCUCCUCUUCCUGAACAUUGUUUCCCUGCUGCGAUUCAGUCUGAAACUGAGGACACUGUUGCUGGUCCUUCGGACCUUUCUCAUGCUGCCGUAUCGGCUGCUGCUGGCCCUUCCUCCAAGAAGGUUUAA